AUGCAGGACAUUCGACUGACAGCCAUUGCGAUGGCCUGCUUGGCGCUCUUCCCAAGCUAUACGACUGCUUUCUGGCGUCUUCCCUGCCGUGGAAGAUCUGGUCUCGCCCGUAUCGACCCCAUUGUGGAGCCUGGCGAGGUCUCAGGCCACGUUCACGCAGUCCAUGGAGGUGGAAGCUUUGGCAUGAGUUCGGAACCGGCCUCGCUCCUCAACAGUGAUUGCACCUCGUGCGCAGUGACCCAGGACAAGUCUGCUUACUGGGCUCCCGCUUUGUACUUCAUGCACACCAACGGCAGUGCCCAGGUAGUUGAGGAGGUUGGAGGCAUGCUUGCCUACUACCUUCUGUAUGGGCAGAACAUCACUGCCUUCCCAGAGAACUUCCGCAUGCUGGCAGGCGACCCCUUCCAGCGCAAUUUCACCUGGCCAGUUCCCGACCCUCCCAAGUCCGAGUGGAGCGGUGAUCAGGCUUCCCAAGCCGCUUUGCGCCAGAAGGCCCUUGGUUUCAACUGCCUGAACUACCAGACAACUGCCGAGGACUCCCUCCACCGUCAUUUCUUGCCCAACAAGACCUACCUUGAUGAGCACUGUACCGAUGGAGUCCGCUUCGAGUUGAUGUUCCCAUCCUGCUGGAAUGGUAAGGAUUCCGACUCCGACGACCACAAAUCCCACGUCGCAUACCCAUCCCUUGUUAUGGAUGGUACUUGCCCCGAGGGUUUCGAAACUCGCCUGGUAUCACUCUUCUACGAGACUAUUUGGGACACCUACGCAUUCAAGGACGUCGAUGGAUAUUUCGCACUUGCCAACGGUGACCCUACUGGAUACGGAUACCACGGUGAUUUCAUGCAGGCCUGGGAUUCGGGUGUGCUACAGGAGGCCAUUGAAACUUGCACAAGCGAGACAGGUAUCGUUGACGACUGCGCAAUCUUCGAUAUCCAGUCGGAAGAUGAACAGCGUCAAUGUCAGUUCCCCGUCCCUUCCGUCAUCAAAAACGAAAACUGUGAAAUGCACGACGACGGGUUGCCUGGCGGUAUGCCUAUCGAGUGGGGUCCUGAGCGUGCCUCGAUGAAAUCCGGAGCUACCACUACAUCCACCGGCAAUAUCAUUUCGCUUCCCACCAUUUCCGUUGGUGGCAUCUCGAUUGAUCCCAACACUCUGCUUGACAACGUUUUCCACGCGACCAGCACUGCGGAACCCACUACCACUUCUUUCACUUCCACUUCGACUCCUUCGCCAACCCCGACCACCGUCACAUCUACUAUUGUCGAUCCUCUCACCGAAGAGAUCAUCUAUGUUCAACGCGAAGUUGUCGUCCUCUGUGAUGGAAACGGUGACACUUACUCGACUAGCACUGGCGUCGCACGUACUGUCUCCUCUACCAUCACCACCAUCAUGGAAACCUCUACCGCUGUUUCCUACGUGAAGAAGGAUACUGUCCCGGAACCUGUGGAGCCGAAGGAGGCUGCUGGCCAUGCCCGCAGACAUCUUCACCACCGCCACGGUCACGCGCACAACUAG